GACAUACAGCAAAACGGACAUGCAUGGUAGCCAAUUGCUGAAACGCGCCGGCCCCCUCUUUCUCGAUGACGAUAUGACUGGAGCUCCAAUCACACCGGGGAACCGGGGAGGGGCUGGUUUUGUUGACAGGAAGAGUGUGGUGCGCUGUCGACUUUGUCAGCCAGGCUGCCUAGGUGGCUUGAAAGCAAUACACAGUAGACAAUUCAGCCAUCUAUUCAUCAAAGGAUUGUCAAAUUGAACUAUGGUUUUUAAGACCGAUCCAGGGCAAAUAUGCAAUGGAGGUCAAUAGUGGUUGCUCUCGUCGUGCUCAGACUCACUGUCAGUUGUCUGCUAUGGCUAGCGUUUGGACUGGGACCUAGCUGGGGGUUCAACUUCCCCCUUAAUUUCAAUUUCAAUUUGCACAAAAUAGAACUUUUUAAGCAAGAUGAUGGGGAAUCCGCAAAGGCCAAUUCCUGGUCACAACGAAUACACGGCCAUGGAGACGCACAAUGCAGGACCUCUUGUGCCACUAAAGAGGACUCACCUAAGAAGUCUUACCUUAGCCUCUUUGAGGGGGACAGGGACGAGUAUGACAGGAGAUAUAGCUCCUUCCCGGACACACUCAAGAUAAAGAUGAAAGGCAUGGCCAAAGACAUGUUCUACUUUGGAUAUGACAACUACAUGAAAUAUGCCUUUCCUGAGGAUGAGCUGAAUCCCAUUGACUGUCAAGGGAGAGGGCCUGACGUUCUCAACCCGUCAAACAUCAACAUCAAUGAUGUUUUGGGAAACUAUUCCCUGACACUCAUUGACACCCUUGACACCUUACUGGUACUGGGGAAUGUGUCGGAGUUUCACAGAGCUGUGAAGUUGGUGAUAGACACCGUCUCUUUCGACAAGGACUCCACUGUGCAGGUGUUUGAGGCUAACAUCAGGAUCCUGGGUAGCUUGAUCUCUGCUCACAUCCUCCUGACUGACCCCAAGCAUCCCUUCGGCAACGUGGGCCUGGUGGACUAUGACAAUGAGCUACUGCACCUGGCCCACGACCUGGCAGUACGCCUGCUGCCAGCCUUCGAGAACACCAGCACAGGCAUUCCCUACCCCAGGGUGAACCUGAAGAGUGGUGUCCCUCCAGACAGCAUCAAUGAGACUUGCACAGCAGGGGCUGGCUCCCUGCUGGUGGAGUUCGGCAUUCUCAGCCGUCUGAUUGGCGACUCCACGUUCGAGUGGGUGGCCAGACGGGCUGUCCGAGCCUUGUGGAAACUGAGGAGCAAUGAGACGGGCUUGCUAGGGAAUGUGGUGAACAUCCAAACGGGACAGUGGGUUAGCAAGCAGAGUGGCCUGGGAGCAGGGAUGGACUCGUUCUACGAGUACCUGCUCAAGUCUUACAUCCUGUUUGGAGAGAAAGAGGACUACCGGAUGUUCCAAGCUUCUUAUGAGAGCAUCCAGAACCACCUGAGAAGAGGGAGGGAGUCAUGUAACGAAGGAGAAGGGGACCCUCCUCUCUACGUCAAUGUGAACAUGUUCAACGGCCAGAUCAUGAACACCUGGAUCGACUCCCUGCAGGCCUUCUUCCCUGGCCUCCUGGUGUUGAAUGGUGAUGUGGAGGAGGCCAUUUGCCUGCAUGCAUUCUACUAUGCCAUUUGGAAGCGCUUCGGGGCCCUGCCGGAGAGGUACAACUGGCAGCUACAGGCGCCUGACGUGCUCUUCUACCCCCUGAGGCCAGAACUGGUGGAGUCCACCUAUCUCCUGUACCAGGCAACCAAGAAUCCUUUCUAUUUACACGUUGGAAUGGAUAUCCUAGAGAGCCUAGAAAAAAAUGCCAAAGUCAGGUGUGGGUAUGCCACUCUCCACCACGUGGUGGACAAGUCCAAAGAGGAUCGCAUGGAGAGCUUCUUCCUCAGCGAGACCUGCAAAUACCUUUACCUGCUGUUUGACGAUGACAACCCCUUGCACAAAUCCGAGAACAAGUACAUCUUCACCACGGAGGGCCAUGUAGUGCCUAUCGACAAGCGUUUUCGGGAGAAGCAGUGGAAUGACCUGUCCCCCUGUGAGAAGUGUGACCGGAUCCCCGAGGAGCGGAGGUAUUCUCUGCCUCUGAAGAGUGUGUACAUGAGACAGAUCGAUCACAUGGUGGGACUGUUUUGAGCUCUUGGAGGGGAGGAGGACACUGGUGUGAACGGGUCCCCAGUCAGUAGACUCACUCAGGCACAGCUUGUUGUGCGAAUAGGACAGGGGAAUAAACCCUUAUCGUCUCACCUCACCCCCCCACCACUCCAAACUCUUCUGCUGCUCAGGACCAAGGUGGACAAUACCAACUCUCUAGAACACCUUUGAAUCAUAAUUUUUUUUUUUUUGCGUUAUUGUCUUAUAAUAUGCAUCACUUAGUGUACAGAGGGAGACAUUUAUUUUUUAAAGGAGACUUAAAAAAAAUAUAUAUAUAUGUUUUGAUUGUGAUUCGUUAGGGUUGGUGCCAUUACGAUUGGGAUUUUUUGUUUCAGGAAUAAAUGAACCAAGCAAUGAGGGAUUUAGUGUUUGGGUGUGGGUCUGUAGCUAGGUUUUCUGAACAUACAGCUGAUCUGUGAAAUAUUUUUUGGGUUCGGGGAACAGUGCCAUCCAGAUACAGGUUUGUAGUCCACAGCGUAGUUUUUAAGUGCAUUACUCAAAAAUAGAUCUCACUACACAAGCGGACUAGUGCCUCACUGCUUGGGAUUUCCAAAGGCCACUUUGGAAUGUCAGAGUUCUUAUGUUUUCAACUGAGAAGUUUUCAGAGGCCUCCGCUUCGGAGUCAUCCAGCUUUUAUCUUUUUUUCUCCAUUCAGUAAUAUUACGUUUGUGAGGUGAAUGUGUGAUAUAUGCAUCUCUGACUAUCGUGCAAUGGCCCUUGCAAUAGGCAGAUGUAUGCAUGUCAUUUUAUGUGCCAUGACAGUGAGAUAUAGAUUUACACAAUCACAUGGACAAUAGUGCCUUGGGCUUUUUGGUUCAUUGUCAAUACAGACUUACCUUUACCUGGUAUGUAUACCUGACAUACAGUCUGUCAUACCUGUAUGUUUGAACAAAGCCAUAAAGUGUGUCAUGUUUUUAAGGUCGCUGUGUAAGAGUGUCAUGUCUCCAUUGAACAACAACGAUACAUUUCUCUUCGUAGUAUUCCUAUUCAAGAAAGGGCUAUAUCAUGUCAGACACUCAUGCGGAAUAUAUUUUCUGUUGCGCAUGCAGGUUGUACGGCUUUGUUCACGCUCCUGUUAGCUUAGCUCUAUAUCCAAAGUUUUAGUACGUAGUAAUACAGUAUGUGUAUGUGGAAGCAGAUGGUCCUUCCCAUCGACAACCAUCCCUUUAAUGCUGCUAUCAGAAUGUUUUAAGUUCCUGUAUGUGGAGAGGAAACUCAGGGAUUGACAAAUGUCAUGUUUCUUUUCUGGGAGUGAACUCUCGAUGGUUUUUGUUAAAGAUGAUCUUCUUGACAUCUUGUUUUUGCCCUCCAUUGUCUUCGAACCGUCUCAGUUAUUUUGGUCUUUUGAUAAACGAAUCAGGACUGAACCAUUCUUCUCUUAGGCCGUCUUGAAUUUGUACUAAUGCUUUUCUCCUCUACAGUUCAGACCAUGUUGUAACAAUGGGUUUUCUCUUCAUGUCAGAAAUCUCUUUUUUUUUUUAAAUAGUCUGAAAUAAAUGCAAAGUACAGAACAUGA